AUGCAGUCGGACUUUAGCAACGUGGAGGCGGAGCUGCGCGACAUCGAAGAGACCUUCACCACCGGUCGCAUGAACGCCUUCGGCUCCGCCUCCACGCAGGACGCCUUCGUGCAUGAGCUGAAGCGCAUCGCCGAAAUCGAAACACAGGUGUUCUACCGUACCUGCGCGCUCCUCAAGUCGAGCCACACGAACGAGCACAAACUGGUGACGAACAUGUACGCCAGCGCGCAGCCGCCGCCGCAGUCGCAGCGCUCUGGCCCUGCAACGACGUCGCCCAGCAGCAACCUGGGCGACGGCAGCUUCCGCGCAAACAGCAGCGGCUUGGAGAACUCGAUGUACCGCGGGCCGAUGAACCAGCGCAGUCAGCCGUCGUUCGCGUCCGCGGUGGCGGGAGGCCUUAGUGGCGUGCCUCCGUCCAACAGCAACACUUGCUCGCCAGGCGCCAGUCGGCGACAGUCCCGCCAAGGUUGGGAGAACGUGUCCUCUGGCAACCCCUUCUCCGGCGUUGGCGACGGUGGCGCUUCAUCUGGUGCGGCGCCGCACAUUCACCGGAGUGAGUGGGGCAAUGAGGACGGCUUUGCGGACAAGGCGUUUGAGGAUGUGGCUGCCCACUUCGAGGAGCUCGAGUCGCAGUUCUUCUCCCUCGGCGAUUACCUCCGCGAGAUCUCGAAGCACGUCAUCCGGCUGAACGACAUGUCAAAGCAGGUGAACAACUGCGUGAGCUACGGCGCCAACGCAGCCCCCGCCGCUGCAGCGAACGCGAACGGAAGCAGCAACAACAACACAGACAUGCUGCAGACAGUGGGCAGCGUGGGGCGGCAGGACUACCCUGGCUCCUUCGUCGAUCCCACCAGCAUCGGCGGUGGAAGCAGCUACGGGAUGGACGGCCCACGUUCGUAG